GUGAGCUUUCUCUGUUCCUCAGCUCGUCCAUGGCGCCCCCGCAGCAGCGCAGCGCCUACGUCAAGUGCUACUCCUGCUCGUACGCCUGGAACUGGAAGACCAAGCAGACGUGCUACUGGUGUGGCAAAGCCUUGGCGCCGUGGACAGAUGCCCCGCCUCCGGUUCAAGGAGCUUGGGCGGCCCGUGUCACAGCCGCAGCCCAGGCCGAGUCCAAGUGCACCCAGCAGUCCAGCCCCGAGGGAAGUUGGGAACCGUGGUCAUCAUGGCCCAAGUCCCGCCGCCGCCGCGGCAAGGGCAACGGCAAGGACCAAGAGGACGACUGGUGGGCCAGCAAGAACGACACCCCCAAGGCUCGCUCCGCCGAGGACAUCCUGGCAGAGCUCCAGGCGAUCGCCCCCCACAUCGACAAGGCUGCCAUCGACGGCAUCAAGUCGCAGAUUCCGCCGCCCCAGCCGCAGAAGCCAGCCGACCUCAACGACAUCUACAGCCGCGCCCAGGCUACGGAGCGCCGCUGCAAGAACAACCUGGAGAGGCUGCUCGAGAGCGAGCAAAAGGCGCUCAGCUGGUACACAGAGCGCAAGCAGGCGUCGGAGGAGGCCGCCUACAAGUUGGCAGAAGCCCAGGCCGAGGCCCAAGCGGCUCUCGAUGCACUCCAAGCCGCUCGCAAGGGCGGCACAGCUACUCCUACGCCGUCGCAGCAGAACCCGACGUUCAACCUCACCAGCCUCCUCGAGGACGGCGACAUCUCUAUCGAAGCGGGUGCGGCGUUCGAUCUCCAAGGCCUCGACAUCGACGACAGCGACCGCCAGGCAUGGGAAUCCCUCCAACAGCGCUUCGCCACGGAGCUCAAGGCCAAGGUCACGGAGCUCUUCGGCAACACCGCCAGCCGCAUCAGCCAGCUCCGCGCAGAGGCCAGCACCAUGCGCACGCGCUUCGCCUCCAAGCGUCAGCGCGCGGACGAGCAUGCGAUGAGCCUCCCGCACCUGCUGCUGGCGCUACUUCUGACGGCGGCUAUGCCACACAGCCUGUGCCAGCGCUCAACAAGGACCCCGACCUCGAAGACAAGGCACAGAAGAUGCUCAGCCAGAUGCGCAAGCCCACUGCGACUGCCGCGGCUGGAGCGCAGCAGCCUCUUUAGCAGCCUACAACCCGACCCUGGACGGUAUGGUGAGACGGGACGCCUACCGUCAGAGACCAAGAGCUACGACAACCCACCUAUCAUCAACGCAAUGGACGCAGUCCUCGACCCGUUCGACGAGCUGGCCGAGUUGGACGCCCACAUCGAUUUCGCAGUCACAGAUCAGUACGCUACCGCCCUGCUCGAGACGCUGUCCUCGGUAGGGGGCGAUGAGGCGGCACAGUCCGUCGACCCCGUCGCAUGGGACCCAGGGCAGCCGCAGAGUGCAGCGCGCGCCGACCCUGAUGCCGCUCCGCCCGAGACGCUGUCCUCGGUAGGCAGAUCAGACGGCGGCAACACGGGUGGCGAGAUCAUCCUUUCCAGGUACCAGGUCCAGGCCACCACGUUCAACCACCUCCGUGACCUCGCCAUCUCCCAGCGCAGGCCCGAUCCGUUCCUCGGCUUCACGCCCAUGGUAUGGCACAGACGCUCUGGCAACCUAGUUGUUAUUGCAGCGUAUCUGGAACCCCACAGGCAGAUCGAGGGUGCGGUGCAUGAUAAGCUACUUUCGCUGGGAGCCUUCGUUACUAUGCUCACGGACCCUUGGAUCAUCCUGGCCGAUUGGAAUAUGACACCUGAGCAGCUCGCAGCGACGGAGUGGCUCGCCAAAUGGAAUGCUACCAUCGUGCGAGCACCUGGAUCCGCCACGUGCGACAAGGGCCAGGGACUCACGCUUGAUUUCGCACUGGUCAAGACUGGCAUCGAGCACACGAUCUCCAUUCGCCAGUGCCCCACCGAACCUAUCCCUUAUGCUAUCCCGAUGGACUUAUGGGAACAACAAUGGCAGGAAGCGGUACCCACACGUUGUAAGCAGCCUCACGCGCACUUCGUGUACAGACACUGGGUACACGACGCCGACGACCUCAACCUCAAGUACGCCAAAUGGGUCACGGCGCUCGAGAACACCAUUAUCAGCCACCACCAGAUCGACCCGAAGGAAGCCGCAGCAUACACAGGACGAGCCCAAGGCUACCAGUUAUCUUGGAAGAAGACAGCCGCCGCCCCAGGCCGCGUACACGUACACGACCCUCAGUCGGAAUCGUGGACAAUCACGCUCACCCUCAUCAAGCGCUACGCUGCGCUUCACGACAAGCCCAAGCACACAGCGCUCAUGCAGCAGCAGGCCUCCAUCAUCCAGCAGCGCGCGGACCACUUCAACACUCACAUGCACGACCUCCAGUUCGAGAAGGAUGAGGACACCAUCUUCCGCUGGUUUGCACUAGUCUGGGCCCCGCACUUGGACAAGGAUGACACCGACGACUUGGUCACCAUUACCGCUACCUGGGCCUCCAGAGCUCUCUCGGCCGCCCUCGCCAAGUCCAAGAGGGCCUACGGGGGUUGGCUCGCCCAGCAAUGGAAGCGCCGCCCUGGGGUACUACACGCCCAUGUCAAGCCGGCGCCCGUACGUCACAUCGAGGCCUACACGGCCAACCUGACCAUCGCCGACCCCGCCGUUAUCAUGGACAACAAGAAGCAACAAUGGCAACAAGUAUGGCAAGCCACCGAGACCUCUGACGACAUCCUACAG